AAAAAAACCACGUGACCCUGCCACAUUCCCUCAAUUUUCGCGCACAAACAAGAAAUUUUGGCUGGACUAGAAUUCACAGCCAGAUCCAUCCACCACCCAACACCAAAAGCUUCUUUUCAACACAUCUUCAACAUCGUCCUGAAUUGCGAGCCCACAUUGACCUCUCGCAAACAUGGCGGUUGGAAAGAACAAGAGAUUGUCCAAGGGCAAGAAGGGCCUGAAGAAGAAGGCCCAGGACCCUUUCGCACGAAAGGACUGGUACUCCAUCAAGGCCCCUGCUCCUUUCAACAUCCGAGAUGUCGGUAAGACUCUCGUCAACCGAACCACCGGUCUCAAGAACGCGAACGACGCCCUCAAGGGCCGAAUCUUCGAGGUUUCCCUAGCCGAUCUCCAGAAGGACGAGGACCACGCGUUCCGAAAGGUCAAGCUACGCGUCGACGAGGUUCAGGGCAAGAACUGCCUGACUAACUUUCACGGUCUUGACUUCACCUCCGACAAGCUACGAUCGCUAGUUCGAAAGUGGCAGAGUCUGAUCGAGGCCAACGUCACGGUCAAGACUACCGAUGACUACCUCCUCCGUCUCUUCGCCAUCGCCUUUACCAAGCGACGGCCCAACCAGAUCAAGAAGACCACCUACGCCGCUUCAUCCCAGAUCCGUGCCAUCCGAAAGAAGAUGGUCGAGAUCAUCCAGCGAGAGGCUGCCACCUGCACUCUGCAACAACUGACCUCCAAGUUGAUCCCCGAGGUCAUCGGCCGUGAGAUUGAGAAGGCCACCCAAGGAAUCUACCCCCUCCAGAACGUCCACAUCCGCAAGGUCAAGCUCCUUAAGUCGCCCAAGUUCGACCUUGGUGCCCUCAUGAACCUGCACGGAGAGUCCACGACGAAUGAGGAGGGUCAGAAGAUUGAGCGGGAGUUCAAGGAACGAGUCCUUGAGGAAGUCUAAUUACGAUGAACUCUGAACUCUGGUCAUGGAACGGCGUGGGUUUUUUGUGCAAUGGCAAUAGGUCUCACUUCUGAUUGCAUUCGGCGCGGCAGGAUAGCCGCGGUUACAGCAGGCCCCUCAGGGACAGAUAAAAUGAGAAAGGUUUAGCUGACGACUGGAUGGUUCCAUUACGUGAUGCUGUUCUUUUUUUCUGUUCUUUUUUUUUUAACGUGAAUAUGAAAAGAAGAAAAAAAAAACAAGUGGCCUCCUGUGUUCUAGCAGUCAGAUUCAACUAUCCGCGAUGUACCGAUGGUCUAAGGGAUCAGUAGUUAACAGUGCCCGUAAGUGAAGAUACCAAUACCAUCACAAUAAUCCUCAUGGCAA